AUGCCCACUUCGAUGGGUUUCUCGUCGUUCGCCCUCGUGGCGACACUGCUUCUUCUCCCGCUGAUACCACUGGAGGCGCAGGUGCAGCAGGCGAACUCUGCGAACAUCAACCAGAACAUCGGCACCGGCGACUCGUCGCUCCUCUACACCGGCACCGGCAGCAACCUCUACUACGGAGUGAACCUCGUGCCGUUCGGACCCGACGUCGGCGAUCAGGAAGUGAAUCCGGGACUGCUCACCGCCGGACAGACGAUCGAUCUGCACAUGUACUUUCCGUUCUACGGAGGACUCUACAAUUACUCGACGGUUCGUUGUGACGCAAAAUACGGGUUCACUUCCCGUUUCAAUACUUUCAUAAAUUUUGGUCGGAACUCUGAUUCCAUGAUCACGCUUCGACUCUAGUACUAUAGUAUUGUAGCUCUCGGUGAACGGAUACAUCGGAUUCGCAACCGUGCUCGACCAGGGACCGACUCUUAAUGUGGGUCCGGAUAUGACAGAUUGGCCGAGACACGAGGAUCCAGCAAUGAUCGCUCCGUAUCUUUGCAAGCAACAGGUCAGUUGGACACCCAACCACUCGUCUCUAUUUCCGCUAACAUCAAGUGAAACGUGACAUUCCAGAUCCCUCAAUCUCUGAAUCCCGGAAUGCGUUCGGGCGUCUUCUACCGUCUCAUGAUGCGUCAAUCGCUGUUCGGUCGCCAAUCCGGUUCCAACGCCAACGUCGGCGCAUCCACGUAUCAGUCCAGCUUCUUCGGCCAAUCCGCCUCUCAGGCGUGUCCCGGAACGCCCGAUUCCUAUGUCCGAUGCGACACUCAAGCCGACUACUUUCUCGAAGAAAUGCAACGAUGGCUGAUCGAGGGAGUGGCCGGAGCGGCAGCGUUCCGCGCGGACGCCGCCUUGGUCGUCACGUGGUACAACACGGCGUCGGCCAUCUCCGGACGGUCCGACAUUGAUGCGGGACAACUGGCCACCUAUCAAACGAUCUGGCUGACUGACAGGGUGAGUUUAAGGUGUUGUGCUCGGUCACCUACUCCUUAUCACAAUAUUUUGUUUCCAAUUUGUGCUCGGUUAUCAGUAGCUCAUAAAUACACACGUCUCAUGACGCUUUACCACCAUAUUAGCACACUUUCCGACGGUACUUAGAUACAGGGAGGGACUGUUUCAGUGAGGUCAAAAUGGAAUAUUGCAGACCGCACGACUCUCGUACGUCAUUCUCAAUUACGAUCGUCUCGGAUUCGACGCCGCCGACUUCCGCCAGAACUCGCGUUCGGGAAGAUGCCAGGUAACUGAAAGCCUUUUGUACUUUCGAAAUGAUGUACAUUGGCAAUGUUUGCACUCGAAUGACUCACUGUGCAAAUAGAAGCGCACUUGUUUUCGACCGAUUUCAAGAGCUUUCCGGGUGGUUAGGGGGAAUGACUGAAAUUAAAUGGAGUCUGGGGCAACAUCAAAGCGUCUUCAUCAAUAGCCCUUGGAAAUGUUUGCAGGCGCUGUUCAACGGAGGAAACCACACUGGACUGGUGCCAGUCGAUCCCACCCAGGACUUUAAAAACACGCCGAAAGUGUUGGCUCAACGGUCCGGAGUUCCUCAGAUGGUGAGAGGAAGGUACAUGUUCCGAGUGGAUGACGUCGUCCGUCCAGCCGGAUGCUCGAACAAGACCGGUGGAACUUGUGAGUUGGAUUUUGUUUGAGAUGGGUAACACCUGAACUAUUGGGGACCAAAACAGAUAUCUAAGCUCAACUUUGUCAGACCCAAUGCUGAUCUACCCGAACAUUGUGAACAUGCUCGGUGAGAUGACGGUCGACGUGAACGCGAUCUGUCUCGACAAGUCGCAAACAUACAUCCUGAUGAUCGAGCAGCGGCAGACAGCCACGUGCACCGUGCUCACCUCGGCGAUCGCCCGAUGCAGCCUUCCGAAGAUCUACGACUGGGGCACGAAGACCGUCUACUUCCAGCCGCAGUCCGGAGGAGCGAACGACGAAAAAGCGUUCGUCGGCUACAUUUACUUCGUGCCGCCCACGCUCGAUCCGAUGCGAUUGGACAUUGGAAACGUGUACGAUUGGUUCAAGAAUCCGCUUCCCUACACGACGAUGCCGUUGGUCUGGUACCCGAGGAACUUUACGAAUCCCGAGAUGAGCACGCACAUGGAUCAGAUUCGGAUGAACGACGACACUCUGUACUCGACGCAGCUCGGCUUGUACGUGAUCGCGUACAGAGAGUACAAGGACGAUCAGAUCAAAAAGUUCCGGCCGGAGCAUCGAGUCAUCUGUCGGCUGGCCACAUACUCGAACCGUAACACGUACGAGUACCGAUGGAAACCGCAGGAGGAGAGAAUCAAUUUGUACCAGGUGGAGCAGUGGUACAUGACCGAUUGGGAACGACAAAACGACCUCUACCACUACCGAUUCGGGUAUCUCAAACUGUCGCCGCUACGCACGAAUCAAGAGCAGAAUCCGCAGAACUUGUUGUCCGGGUAAGCGCUUUGACUACAAGGGGCCACGAUUAACUAACUAGGGAAUGGCCCGCACUUACCUUGGGCUUUUGGAAUGGGACCUAUAUGAUUUGAAAGAGAAUUUUACGGAGAAUCCGAAUCUGCUCCUCUCCAUUUUUGCUAAAGAGCACUGGCUGGCGAGAAAAUCUGCCUGUUUCUGCCACAUUUUCUAGCAAGUUCAUCUUCGGCGACCUGUAUCUCAAGAACCACGCGUCCGUUGCAAAAGUGGUCAACUAGUAAGUUAACGCAAAUUAUCUCGUGAAUAACUUUGUAGUUGAUCGUCUAUUUUUAAAAAAAUUAGUUUUCGAGUUAUGAACUGUUUUCCUAGAGCGACAAGAAAAAAGUUAGUGUUGGGGUCAGAGCGGCGAUAACUCGAAAACUAAUUUUUUUUAAAAUAGACAAUCAACUACAAAGUUAUUCACGAGAUAAUUUGCGUUAACUUACUAGUUGACUACUUCUGCAACGGACGCGUGGUUCUUGAGAUACAGGUCGCCGAAGAUGAACUUGCUAGGAAAAUGUGGCAGAAACAGGCAGAUUUUUUCGCUAGCCAGUGCUCUUUAGCAAAAAUGAAAACAGAUUCGGAUACUCCGUGAAAUUCUCUUUCAAAUCAUAUAGGUCCCAAAAGCCCAAGGUAAGUGCGUGCCACGACUAAAUAAGACCGCAAUUUCAGUCUCGUUUCCGCGCCGAUCUCGCUGCACUUCCUGUGGACCUCGAACAACCCCAAGUUCACCACGACGACGUACUCGCAGAACGACGAGGCCGCCCGCGUCGAGUACAUCAAGAAGAAGUCGUUGGAGAUGUGCCACGACUGGUACGACGAGGACGGCGCCCAGUGGAACUUCAUCCGCGACACCGAGACAAACUCCUCGUGCCCGUGCAUUGAGAGACAGGCGAUCGCCGACAUCGGACGCUUUAUGCCGCAUCCGAGAUGCUCGCAGGCGUUCCGAGAUAUCACUUGCACCACAUCGAUAGGCUCGAGGAAUUGCUACAUGAGCUCGCAGAAUGUGAUGACCACUUAUGCUGGAGACGGACGCACUUUCACUUCCGAGAACACUGCGUUAGUUUUCCUUUUUUCAUUGUAACUCUCAAGAUCGUCCAACUUUUCAGUCGUUUUCCAACUCACUACGGUCAAGUUUGUUGCUACGACGAUCAGGGUCAUCUGAUGCAAACAUCCUACCAACCGGUCAUCAAAGUCACACCCGACGUACCCUACAAUCCCGGCUUCCCGAUGCGAGCCUACGAGUUCGGCACGACGCCCUACAUGGGACAGUACGAAGUGCCCGGCCUGUCCGCCUUCCACAACGACUACAUGCCCUACUUCUUGUGCUGUAAAUUCGCCGAUUUCCGCUGUCAGAUGUUCUAUUGGCGACGUCCCUCGUCCGGAUGUCAGGAGUAUCAGCCGCCCGCCUAUGGGGAAGUGAUGGGCGCCGGCACGUUCAACACCAUCGACAACGACAAGUUCAUCUUCAACGAGCCGGGAGUCUACAACGGUCUCUACAUUCCGAAGACGUUCACGACGCCAGAAGUGAAGGUGCAGAUCAGAAUGGAACGGUAUCCGAACCGACGCGUCGAUUUCAGUGAGUUGCUGCUGAAGUUGGAAAGAGAGAAAAGAGACGUUUCCUUUUAGGUUUGCUCGGUCGGUACAUGUCUCAACAGGACCUCGUUCAGCCGACGAACGCGACCGUCGUCACUGGAGUCGUACUCGAAGCGACUGGGACCGACAGAGUACACGUGCUCUCCAGAAAGGACACGAGACGCUUUCGGUACAGAACCUCGAUCAUUGUCGGAAACAUUCUCAGAUACUUUGACACGAUGCGCAUUCAGAGGUUCAAAGGUAAACGCGUUUUGACUAACAGAUCUAUAAUACUUGUUUCUAGGUGUGAUGGUCUAUGUGAACAACGUGGAACGCGGUCAGCCGGAGAUCUACGUGGUGCUCGAAGAAGCGCAAAUCGGAAUCCGCGUCCGCGAAUCCUACGCCAUCGACAUCGAUCGACUGUCAGAGUACCAGGAAUCGAUGGGAAUGCUCAACGUGGCGAUUUCGGUGCCGCCGCAGUACGGAGUCCGUCCGGACGGCGACAAGACGCGAGAGCAGGAGCUCCGACAGCGCUACAACCUGCCACGUGUCAGCGGAAUCUUCCGACCGUUCCCGGAUCAGUCCUCGGGAAGCUAUCUGCAAACGCUCACGCUCAACGACGUCAACUCGGAGACCUACCGCCAACAGAUCAUCAAUCAGUACCGCGUGCAAGGAUCCGGUGAGGCCGGCUCCGAUCAGAACAUUAACAAUCAGGGCAACACCUACGGAAUGCCCACCGAAAACAUGUUCACGACCUCGAAAGACGAGGACAAGAAGUUCGAGGUGUUCCCGGAGGCGUACAUGAAGAGCGGGCCGAUCUAUAAAACCGCUCCAAAGUAUGAGACGUAAGUUUUGGAGUGAAAUGGAAGGAAAUCAAAGUUUUUGCGUGUUUCAGUGGAGCCUACCGAUUCUACCCGAUCACCGGAACACAGAUGAACCAGAGAUUGCAAACGUGCCGAGAUAUGCAACAAUCGAACACCAGUGAGUAUCAAAUAACUAGAGCCUCAUUCCAUUUCGUUUUCAGUCAACCUCCAACCGCUCCAAUCGCAACUCACCAACGAAUUCGGUCAGACUCAGUGCCCGGACAAUCCGGCCGGUGUGAUUCAGGACUGCGGAGACUCUGUGCCGUGUCUCUACGACUACUACACCCUCAAUGCGAAGAUUCUGGGCAUGAAUGUGAAGAACGAGUGGAGCAUUUUCACUUCCGACCGCUUCGACGCUUCCCGGCAGUGUGAGUUUUUUAAAAGGAGGGGUGUGAAACUAACUUGUGAUUCAUGAAGCACUAUCUGGAGUUUGGUAAACCAGGAAACCGUAAAGUUUAUGGAACAGGAGGCUUUUUGAGGGUGUAACGUCCAAUAAAUCUACAAACUUUUGAACUCUAUCGCACAUCAAAUUUCGCCAUUUUGCAGACAACAGCUGCGGAGUGAUCAACAUCGAGUACCCCGAGUACCUCAUGAAGACGUCCUCAAUGUCGUCGGCCUACAUGCAAGGAGACGUGGCGCGUUUCGAGUGCUUCCAGUCGCACUGGAUCAAGGGAGUGCACGAGUACAAGUGCGGUCUGAUCGUCGACCGCAACCGUCCGAACGACUAUCGCUUCGAGUGGAACAAGGGCGAGCAGCCGUGGUGUCGGUCGCGCGAGAAGGAGAACUUCCUGAUCUGGCUGUCCGCCAUCGCCGGCUUCCUCGGCAUCAUCGUCCUCAUUCUCGUGCUCUUCCUCUGCUGCUGGAUUGUGAAGCAGAAGAAGCGGAACGAGGCGAACGAGCAAAGACGCCAAAACGGGUACGACAUGGCGAGCAGGAGCUCGGUGAGCGGACGCGGAACCGCCGGCAAAAAGUAUCCGGUGAUGGAGUCGGAGCCGUUGAACACCGAGAAACGAUUCGACCCCGACAUUUACAGGGACGACGACUUCUAUCCGCCCGCCAGGUAAGCCACUUGCACCUGAUUGGGACACUGUUUAUUGCGUCGAAUCUUUUGUACGUUUCGAAAAGUUCCAGAUCUGAAGAAGCGUCGAAAAAUGAGUAAGGAGUAAGUGAAUACUAGAAGCACUACCAACUCAAACCACUCAAAACAUUCACCCAUCCAAAAACGCAUAACUUUUUCCUGAAAUUGAUAGAGAAACAGUGGUUUGGAACGCUAACAGCAUCUGUUGAACGUCACGUUUUCCUUUCUCAUAAAACGAAACGUUUCAGAGAAGAACAAUACGCUCAGGCGGACGAUCAUCUGGCCGGACUCAAGACUUCUGUUUAA